AUGAUGUUAGCAAACAAUUCCACCUCAGCUGCCACAGUCAGCGCUGAGCAACGCUACUGUGUGGACAAUGAAACCUUACGGGUCCCGCUCGCCGUGCUCUACUCUGUAAUCUUCACCCUGGGACUUGUUGGGAACCUGCUGGCCCUCUGGGUUUUCUUCUGCGUUCACUCCAAGAAGAACUCUGUGCGAGUGUUCCUCAUAAACCUGGCCUUCGCAGACCUGCUGCUGGUGGUUUGCCUGCCCUUCAGAAUUCACUACCACAGUGUAGGGAACACAUGGACCCUGGACCCGCUGCUGUGUAAGGCAGUGGGCCACCUCUUCUACAUGAACAUGUACAUCAGCAUCACCCUGCUGGGCCUGAUCAGCAUCGAUCGCUACAUGAAGAUCUACGGCUGCAGAGAGAUGCAGUGCAAGCUGAGGUCCACAACGUGGAGCAUCGUUCUUUGCACUUUAAUUUGGAUCGUGGCCUUUGCUCUUCUUGUACCAUUCAUCGUCUCAAAAAAUUCCUCACGGCAAAACAUGUGUUUCCACUACAGAACAAUUAGCCAGCUGUGGAAAGCCUACAUCAACAUCGCACUGCUUGUUAUCUUCUGGCUGGUGUUCAUCUCUCUCAUGAUGUUUUACGGAAAGAUUGCCCAGAAACUCCUGAAGAGGUCACACGAGAAACCAGAUCUUCCCACGGCACACCACUACAACCGAACCGCCAAGAAGUCUUUCUUUAUCCUCUUCCUCUUCAUCGUCUGUUUUGUCCCGUAUCACAUAGUCCGGGGCUUCUACAUCCAAACCCAGAUCACGAGCACAUCCUGUUACUGGCAGAACGUGGUGGACAAAGCCAACGAGAUCGCCCUGGUGUUUUCUGCACUGAACAGCUGCCUGGAUCCCGUCAUGUUCUUCCUGUUGUCCUCCGCCGUGAGGAAGGAGGUGAGGCGCUUCAUGAGCGGCACGUUUCGCACAAAGGAUGUUGCCAGAGUCAGCGGGACUAGCUCCAUGUCGGAUACAGAUGGAAGGAACAACAACGGCCAGUUAAAUGUUAAUACAAUAAGCAACUUACUAAUAACAGACGCUUUGUAGUACAGAACUGAUGAGCUUGUAGA